AUGUACAAAAAUGCGUUACCCUUUUGGAAAAAAUUCAAUGAUACAGAACUUGAACAAACAAAACUGAAUUGGCAAUCGUUCAUUAAAACAAUUCCAGAUUAUCCUCAUGGAAAUUAUUCUGGUUAUGGCAUUGUAACUUCAACAUCAGCAAAUAGUGGAUAUAUAGGAACUUUUCAACGAACAUUAGCUCAAAUCAAACUAUUAAGAUGGUUAAAUUGUCAAUUACCGAUAGAAAUAUACUCAUUUUCAGAUGAACUGAAUGAAACUGAAGUUUUCAUAUUAGAGACGGUAUCCGACGUCCAAGUAAAAUUUAUCGACCAAGUUGUUGACAAUGAAAGCCGUAAUUUAUCACGUUAUGCCAUUAAACCGAAUGCUAUCAUUCAGUCACGAUUUGAGCAUGUUUUGUGGUUAGACUCUGAUAAUAUACCAAUCAAAGAUCCAACGUAUCUAUUUCAUACACAACACUAUAAGAAAUCAACAGCCAUGUUUUGGCCAGACUUUUGGAUAGGAUCGUCUAUGAGCCCUAUCUGGCGUGUAUUGGAUUUGGAAUGUCGUCAAGAAGAUUACGAACAAGAAAGUGGUCAAAUUCUUAUUGAUAAAAAAAAGGCAUGGAAACCAUUGAAUUUGGCCGUUCACUUCAACAGAGAUCCAGUUAUACAAAAUAUUUGGCUAGGCGAUAAAGACACGUUUCGAUUAGCGUGGAAAGUGUUAAAAGUCCCCUUCCAUUUUGUUCGAAAAUUCUUGGCUAUAGGUGGUUUUCUUUAUACUAGAAUUGACAGAAAUGGUACUCGCCUACCUGGAAUUAACUUUUGUGGUCAUACAAUGAUUCAGCAUGACCACAAAGGUGAUAUCAUUUUUCUUCAUUCAAAUGCAAUCAAAUACAAUCCCAAUAUUAAAUAUCCAGUAGAGUUAAAUUCACGUAUUAGUAAACCAAAUCCAUGGAAAAUUUAUCGUCGUUAUUCAAAUACACAUGCUUAUUUUCGACCACAAGUUAUUCAGGAUAGUUUUGCUUUCUGUACAUAUUUGCCCACGGGAGAGUCUGGGCAUUAUCCGCCAAUAUUUGAGACAGAUAUGCAUACACUCGUAUCGCCAAAUAUAACUGAAAAAUAUGUUGAGUUUGGUGGACUGGUACUGGAAGAACGAAAAAGAAAACCAAAUGAAACAGAAAUUGAAGUUGUAGAUAGUAUUUAA